AUGGAAGAUAAUUUGAUGGGUUGCUCUGCUGCUCUUUGCCUUGUUAUUUUUGUAGCUUGGAAGAUCAUCUUCCGAACAAAAGCAACAUCCAAAAACCUCCCUCCUGGUCCUCCUUCUCUUCCUAUGCUCGGCAACAUCCUUCAAAUACAACGACCUCUUUUUCGCUUCUUCCACUCCCUUUCUCUAAAAUAUGGCCCCAUCUACACUCUCCGUUUCGGGUCUCAGAUUGCCGUCGUCGUUUCAUCUCUAUCAGGCUGUCAAGAGUGCUUCACUAAAAACGACACCAUCUUGGCAAACCGCCGUCCCCUUCUGAAGACCAAGCAUCUUGCUUAUAACAACAAAACCGUCGUCAUGGCACCCUACGGCGAUUACUGGCGCAACCUGCGUCGUAUAAUUUCCCUCGACGUCCUAUCAGUAAAACGCAUCAACUCCUUCCUGAGUAUCCGGAACGACGAGAUUAAGCUGUUGCUGCGGAAGCUGUGUCGGACGUGUCGCGAAGACUAUGCGAAAGUGGAGCUGAGGUCAGUGCUUGUGGAUAUGUCCUUUAACGCGGCAAUGAGAAUGGUCUGGGGACAGUGGUUUUUCAACAACGAGUCUGACGUGACCGACGUGGAAGAGGUGAGGCGGUUUAGAGAAGUCAUGAAGGAGAGCUCAGCUUUCGAUCUGGGAAACGUCGAGUCCAACUUCGGGGACUUCGUGCCUUUCUUUCGGUGGAUUGAUUAUAAAGAUUACCAGAAGAGGUUGCGAGGGAUCGAGAAGAGACUGGACGAUUCAUUCAACCAACUCAUCGACCUGUAUCGGUCCAAGAGGAGAGGGAUGGAAGGCCAGAACACCAUGGUAGAGCAUUUACUAGCAUCUCAAGAAACAGAACCCGAAUUUUACACAGACGACGUUGUGAAAGCCCUUAUUCUGGUGAUGGUAGCCAGUGACAAUGCGGCCGUGGCACUAGAAUGGAUGAUGGCGAAUCUGGUGAACCAUCCGGAUGAAUUGCAGAAAGCGAGGGACGAGAUAAAAGCAGUGGUGGGAGAAGAACGGCUUGUGCAAGAGGCUGACGUGCCUAAACUAGGAUACAUUCAUAACAUAAUCAUCGAGAGCAUGCGGCUGUGUCCGCCGAACCCAUUUCUGAACGUGCACGUGGCCUCGGAGGAUUGCAGAGUGGAGGGUUAUGACGUGCCACGCGGCACGAUGGUGUUUGUUAAUGCAUAUGGGAUCCACAGGGACCCGCGAUUAUGGCCGGAGCCGGCGAGGUUUAAGCCUGAGAGGUACGAUAGAGGGGAAGGGGAUGUUCGUAAUCUGUUAUCGUUUGGGAUGGGAAGAAGGGCGUGUCCGGGGGAAGCUCUGUCCCUACGAACAAUGGGCUUGGCGACGGCGGUCAUGAUUCAGUGCUUUGAUUGGAAGAGGGUCGGCGAGGAAGCACUUGACCUGACUGCCGCUCACGGACUGGUGAUGCGCAAAGCCACUCCACUGGAGGUCCUGUGCAAGGCUCGUCCCAUUAUCAACAAGAUUCAAUCGCAGCCAUAG